AUGGACUUGUUGGGGUCUAUUUUAGGGACUAUGCAAAAGCCUCCCACGGUUGGCGAAGAGGAGAGGAAAAAAGCUAAAGAACAACAGAAAAUAAUUGAGAAAAAACAACAACAAGAGAAAAAGAUUCUAGAUGUUUUCAGAGUGAAGACCCAGAAAAAGAUCCAUGAAUUUAUCAAGAAUGGUUUGGAAGAGAAGUUGAAAUUUGAACCUUGUGAGAAAGUCUACAGAGCUAUUAUACAUGAAGUAGCUGAUGUAGCUGGAUUAACAUCGUUCUCGUUUGGUUUAGAUGAACAAGAUAGAUACGUUAUGUUAUGGAAGAAGGAAUUUGCUCCUGGUGAUGAAGAAUUAUUGGCCUAUAGGCGCGGUGAAGAAUGGGACCCGGAGAAAGCUAAACAAUUAGCCAAAGAAAAGGUAAUAUUUACUGUAUUUUUAUUCAAACAGGAAUUAGAAAAAUUAGCAGGUGAAAACGAAAGUAAAUGUAAAGUGAUACCUUCCUCGAAUUAUCGUGAUAAAUAUAAACAUCUGAUUGGAGAGGAGGCAGCUAAAGAUGCAGCUCAGGAUCUUACUGCUAAUAAAUCAUACGGCUUUGUGUCGAGUCAAAAUAAACGAGAUACAAGAACAAUAGAACAAGUUUUAGCUGAUACAAGGGCUAAGAAAAAACAG